GCGCUUCCCUUCGCGGCCACGAGGAGAAGAAGAACGAUCUCGCCGCUAAACCCCACACUGUCGAAUUGCGAACCUCCCCCGACGACGUCGUUUCCAGAGAUCCACUCGCUCUUCCUCGUACCUUUUAUUAAUCCACGCUUUCCCCUUUCCGUUUUCGUUGUUGCUAUUAUUAUUAUCGAUGCCUUUUGCGAUUCAUUUUUCAGGGCCUUUGACAUCGACUCAGUUAUCUGCUUCAGUUUCCGAUGGUUCUCGGCUUCGUGUUGCGUAUCAGGGGGUUCGCGGUGCUUACAGCGAGUCAGCAGCACAGAAGGCCUAUCCAAAUUGUGAAGCUGUGCCUUGUGAACAGUUUGACACUGCUUUUGAGGUAAAGUUUCGCUGCCCUUUUCUCCUAAUAACGCUGAAGAUUAAGUGCCUGUUUGGAUUGGCGGCAUUGAUCCACGAUUUCAUGAAUUUGACGCAAAAGCAAGUAAUAUUAACUUAUUGUUUUCACGUUUUUUACGUGAGUUAAGAGUUCUGAACGUGAAACCAAACAUACACUAAGAUUCAUCACUAGUUCAAUUGGGAAUUCAUCAUAGCAACAUAUUUUUUGCGAUGAAAGUUAUUUAGUACUACACGUUAACACAAGUUUGGGUCUUGUCUUAAAUGGAGGAGUUAACUUAAAAAUUGUGAAUUGUGAUUUAAAAAUAUCAAAUAUCCUCCCCAUCACAAUCCUCAAGGGCAUAUGAUGAAGAUUGGACAAUCCAUUUUCAUUUUGAGGGUCAUUACCAUGUCAUGCAAAGUCUUGUUGGUAAUAUCACACACAUCAAAAUGGAGCUAGAAAUUAG